GUCCAGAGGAUGUGCAGCGUCUACCUGUACACGUACUAGCCACACAAUCCAAGCAUCCAGUUAGUCACUUAGUCGGCCCCACUGCCGUACUCUACUGGCACAGCAGCGCCAAACCAGUCUACCUACCUACCGACCUAAGUGACUGACUGACUAUCGACACACACACUGCAUGCACACACAUGGAUGAACACACACAUGGAUGGAUGGAUGGAUGGGUGGGAAUGGGAAAAGACAGGGCCAAAAGAAAUGGGCGACAACAAAACAAACGUCUACAGCCAUCGUCAUGUCAGCCAGCCAGCCAGCCAGCCAGGCAAUCAGGCAAUCAGGAAGCACAAAGAUCCCGUGGUACCAAAUGAGGAUGGUUCUUCUCGCUACACCGCAUUGUGCGUGGUGUGGCCCAAAACCAAGCCCCUCUCUGAUCCCUUUCCAGACUGUGUGUCUGUCUGUAAGCCGUCACUCAGAUGCAACACGAAAGAGAGAUCGACCAUGCACACACAGACGGCAUCCAUUCCAUCAUACCCUCACAUCAAUCACAUUAGCCAUUCUCGCGCACAUCAAUCACACAGCAGCUGCCUGGGGACAAAUGGCAUAGAAAAUGACCAACAACUGCAAAUCACGAGAAAAAGAAAGAGUUCAGGCAGCCAGCCAUGCACGUUCGUGUGUAUUGUACAUCCACCAAGACACGCAUUCAAGACCAAUUGCCAGCAGCGGAGCCCCAUUGUGCGUGUCUUGUUGUACCCAUCAUUCAGUGCACUCACGCUUCCACCUACCCCACCCCACCCCACCCCACACCCGACGCCAAGGUCUCACUCGCCUCCAUCCAUCCAUACACACGGUUCACCCAGAUUGCGUGGUCGGUUUGAGGGAGCGGUAGAGGAGAGAAACCGACUCCGGCGUGCAGCACCGCAGCCGCCACUUGGCGCCACAUCGGGUGUUUAUCACCUGCACACAUCCACAAACAACCACACAUCCACAAACAACCACGAAAACAAAAACGUUAUAACGCUUUCGUCGUGGCUGCGUGCAGUGGUAGAGGUAUGGCGUCCGUACGAUUUCGAGUUUCGGGUUGUGUUCUCUCAUUCGGCAGCCGACAAUCUGGCUUCGCUUGAGGGUCUCGCGGACUCGCUUGCCGCUUUUCGGGGACGGAAAUGACACCAAGCUUCUAGUUAUCUGUAGAAAGACCCCCCACACACACAGACGAAAGCGUUGUACGCAAGAAGCCCGCCACACCAUCUCUGAAUCGCCAGUCAACGUGCGUGUGUGCGUGUAUUGCUCGGCGCAGUGCGUACCUGUCUAACCAGGCGUCUGGCGUGCCCGCUGGCGGAUUGCUCCUGGAACUCAUCGCAGAAGAGCGCCUCUACCCCCGACACAACGACCGUCCUCCUCACCCACGUGCAGUGCCACUUGAGCAGCGUCACUUGCACACGGCACUCGCACAGCAGAUGCUCCGACCCGGGGGGGCUGAAUUCGUCCCCCUCGGGGAGCGUCACCAGGGGGGACGCGGGCGACUCGGCUGCUCUCGUCGAUGCACUGGCGAAGCCGGAGGACGACGCGGGAGAGAGCUUCGUGUGGUCAUCUGCCUGCUGGCUCGAGUGGCGCGCGAGGCGUAUGCGGAUCUCUUCGGGAGAGGGCUGAUCGGUGCCGGGCUCCUCACGUUGCGACGGGCGGAUGAGCAUCGUCACCACAUCGGCUGCAAGCAAAAGCAGGCGACCGUCGUUGCGGUCUGCGGCAACGAAAAAUAUGCGAAGACGCACGAGAAGCUCCCCUUCCCCGGUAGAAGAGGGAGAGAAGCCGCGAGAGCGCGAGCGAUACAUAAACGCGCUACAGCGAGGAAUUCGACGCUGGGUCCGACACCAUGCGCCUCGCUGACGUAUAUGCCGGUAGCGCCGUUGACAGCGUCGUCGAGAUGAAGACGGAACCUCCAAG